AAGCGACCGGGCGUGAGCGGAAGAGGCGGGCCUUGAGGGACCGGGUCUCCCGGGUGACAGCAAGGUGGAGCUGACGAGGGCCUAUGAGGGAAGAAGCUAUGGCAGAGGCCACGGGAACGGGUGAGCCGGAGGCCCCGUCCGCCUUCGAAUGAAGGGAGCUCGCCGUCGCCGAGGGAAGCGGCUCCCCCUCGGCUUGGGCCGCGUCGCUUUCACCCCGCUCCGCCCGAGACCAGAUAAAGAUUUUCAUCAUGGCCAUUACACAGUUCCGUCUGUUUAAAAUCUGUACAUGCUUGGUAGCAGUACUCUCUUUUUUUAAACGAUUAAUAUGCAGGACUGGAAGGGGGCGAAAACUUAGUGGAGACCAAAUAACUUUACCAACUACUGUGGAUUAUUCUUCAGUUCCUAAACAGCCAGAAGUAGAAGAUUGGACUUCGUGGGAUGAAGAUGCACCCACCAGUGUGAAGAUUGAAGGUGGUAAUGGCACUGUGGCCAAUCAGCAAAAUGGUUUGGAGGAAAUGGAGCCUGACUACUUUAAGGACAUGACACCAACAAUACGGAAAACACAGAAAAUUAUUAUUAAAAAACGUGAACCCUUGAAUUUUGGGAACCAAGAUGGCAGUGCAGGGUUUUCUAGUAGAUUAGCAGCUUCACAAGAUGUCCCUUUUAUUCAUCAAUCUCCGGAAUUGGGAGACUUGGAGACUUGGCAAGAAAAUAGAAAUGCUUGGGAAGAAGAGGAAGAUGCCGCCUGGCAAGCAGAAGAAGUUCUGAGGCAGCAGAAAAUAGCAGAAAGGGAAAAAAGAGCAGCUGAGCAACAACGGAAAAAGAUGGAGAAAGAAGCACAGCGGUUAAUGAAGAAAGAGCAGAGUAAAAUUGGUGUGAAGCUGUCUUAACGCCAUUUGUGUGGGUUUCAUCAUGCUCGCAAGACAGGAUAAAAUUGAGCUUCUAAGGCACAUGCAUCAUUUUGUAUUGAUCUCAGUAUUUUUAGAACUCCUGCUCACAGCUUCAUUUUAAAAGCCAUCUUGGAAGAGACAGUUCUUCCAUACAAUAUCUUCAACUGGGCAGCCCAAAUAACAAAAGCAUCAUCCCACAAAGUUCCACCAUGAAAGAACAGAGUUUCCUGCAGAAGCCCUAUCCCAGUGCACUCCUGUUUCAAGAAGAGAUGCUACUGCAUAAACUCUUCAUCUGCCUGUUUUGGCAUUAAAGGGAAAAAAGGUGUAAAUAAUUGAAUGAUAGCAAUCUACUCUAUUGUCUAUUAUGCUUAUUACUGGAAAGGUGUGUAAUUAAAUAAUUUUAAAGAAUA